AUGAAACACAUUGAAUGCCCUAUAAAAUUAGCUUCUGCUUCAGUAAAAUUUCCAAAUUCAUAAUUGUUCAACACAAACAAAGCUAGAAACUAGAUAUUAUUUAGAAUAUAUGGACAUUUUAUAUUUGGAUUCACUCAAUAAAGUCCAAAAGAUUACUACUCUAAAUAUAGUAUUUAAGUGGAAGGUAAUUAUUACACCUAUGAAUUGAGGAAGACUCUUAGAUAAAAUUCAAGAAUGGGCUGAAUAUAUGAGGUACUAAAAUCUACCUAAAGUUAAACUCAAUAUAUAGGAUUAGAAUGAGAAUCCUAUUAUUAAAUACUUUUUUCCAGAUGAUGAUAAUAUUGGAUGGAUCUACAAUGAUUAAAAUAUCCAUUUGAAUAUUAUUAGUACUAAUCUCAUAUCUGGAGUUUGUAUAGAUCGUUCAAAAAAUCUUGAAAAAAAGAAUUACUCUAUGAUAUAAGAAAAAACAAAUUUCACUUAUAAAUUCUCAGUAAAUUGUCAAUAAUAAAUUAGGCCAAACAUAUUCCUGAAGCUCCACCAAGUCAAACUUUCAUGUAGCAUCAAAUUGAAUUUAUUUCAAAUAGAUUUCCACAAUUAGAAGGUAAUCUUGAAGAUGGAUAUCGUCGUCAUGUCUUGUAAAUUGAGACUCUAGCUGGGCGUAAAUGGUUUGAAAGAAUUGGAGAUUAUUAUAUUACAGAUAUAGAUAAUUGUUUAGAAGGAAAUCCACAUUUAAUUUAAUGAAUUAUUAUAAAAAUGACAAAAGACAUUAAUCACAACCUUCACUAUGGAGUUUAAAUUAGCCCUAACUUAAAAUUAAAUCGAUACCAAAAAUCAAUCACAAACGUCUUGUUUUACCAGUUAUCCCUCAAAAUCCUGGAGUUGGCUAUUACUCUCCAAAUCUUUAAAGCAUUUACUCAAAUCCAAAAGUAACUAGAUUAAGAAGUGUCACUAAAAUACCAACUCUACAUGAUGUCUCUAAUGAGAAGAUAAAUAUCUAAAAAAGUCAUAAAAAAUACUCAUAGAAAUUUACUAUAUUGGAAAUGCUUCUCAAAGAGGUUGAUGAAGAAGUAGAUUAAGACAUGAGAGACAAUCCUGUAUUUAUAUUUUAUAUAUAAUAAUAAGAAAUGUGUUAGGACACCACUGUAACUUUAACCAUUAAAUGAUAAUUUUAUAGAAUAAUUAAAGCAUAUCAAGGCCAACUUACAAAAAGUGUUAAGGAAGAAAUUAUGA